CUUCAGUGCAGUGAGGGAGAUAAAGUCAGACUGGAUGAUUACCUCCUGGAGUGGAUGUACACAGUAUUAAAUAUCUGAUGUGGUGAAUUCUCAGAUGAUUGGAAUUUAAUCACCAUGAACAACACACUGCCUCAUUCAAUAUCAGCAAAAUGCAAAAGCAAAAGUAUCAUAACUUUGAGUAUUACCUAUACAGAAUAUUCCACUGUUACAUUACUGUAUUGUAUUAUUAUCUGUAGCCACGGGUCCUGUUGUAGCUGGAGGUGGAGCUCAUUUUAACCACUUUAUAUUCUGUUGGGUAUCUACAGUGAUGCAUCAGAUUUUCCAGGGGAAGACUGUAACUAAGUAUAUCUACUCAAGUACAGAUUGCAGGUAUUUGUUCUUUACUUGAGUAUUUCCUUUUCAUGCUGCUUUAUAUUCCCUCUCCACUAUAGUUGAAAAAUUGUACCUUUUACUUUGGUACAUUUACUAUUUGACAGUUUUAGUUACUAGAUGACAGUUAAAAGUUAAACACACAUGAAUGCCUUAUUAACAAUAAUCAAAUAAUACAAUAUAUAAUAAUUUAUAAUUUUGUAACAUUCACAGGGGUCAUUUUUCUUUAAUUAGCACUUUAACUUUUAGUAGUCUAGGUAAAUUUUGCUUAUGAUACAUACUUUUACUUAAGUGAAACGAAGUGGAGUAAAAGUAUAAAGGAAGAUCUAAUAUAGAUAUAUAAGCACUUAUUUCAGUUACUGCUGAUGGGUAUUUAUCAAUAAAGGCAUGGUCAGGUCUGGGCAAAAUAUCAAUUUACCGAUUUACUGUGGCAACGUUUGGAAGCUAUUUUGUAUAAACAGACAGUGGGGUCCCUGUUAAAUGCUGUAAUAUGGUAGAAUAUGUCUCUACCUGGACCUGAGUCAGCAGGCCGCGAGACGUUUGUGGUUCAUAGUGUCCACCUUGCUCUGUCUCCCUCACACACCCUGUGCGGUGUCCUAGAUGCUGAUCCAGCUGCUGCCCCCGCGCGUAAAUGGAAAGCUUUUACGCACCGCGCUCGUGUUCGGUUCAAAAGAGGUUUAAUUGUUGGUUUUUUUCUGCAUUGUCACACGCCUCGCCUGGUGCAUAAGUAGGCUUCAGACACUGGGGAUGUGCCGUGGAGAUGUAAGGGAUGCGGUAAUACCUCACUACAUAAUACGGGGGGGGUAAAAAGCAAGGCGUGCGCCUGGACGCUCACCGCCAACUAAACGCGAGAGGGACUCGCACAUCAAUAACAUCUCGCUCAUCAAUAAGAAAUCUUGAUGGAGUUAGACUGCUUAAUUAAAUAGGUAGCCGUGAAGGUAUUGGGCUCUCUGAAUUUAGAACAUUUAAUCUGAUGACCCCCAAAGGAGAACAUCUGAAGGAAGACUCUUCAGCAUCCCCAUCCACAGGAAAGCGGCUCGGUCAGACAAGAGAAUUAGACUUGGGAGAUAUCUUAAUUUUCAACGAUGGCUAUCAACACUGAUGCUGCCUUUGGGAAAAGCGCCCUCGGCGAGAGGGAAGUUUCAAAUCUCACCGACUUCCAGGACACGGAGAAGCUGCUGAGCACCGCGACCACCGAGCCCACCGGGCAGAGCAACAUCAAACCGUCCGACUCUUUCUGCCUCAACAUCAGGGGGAGCGUCCGGUCCCUGGACGCGGACCAGAACGGACACAGAUCGCCGCUGAAGUCGGGCUCCAUCGGGCAGCUCGCGACCCCACCCAAAUCCUCGUCCCGGCUCAGCCUGGGCCCGGUGCCCUCCCCGGUGCCGCCCGGGUCCGCGCCCCCGACUUACCUCUGGCUCGCCGUGCUGUCCUGUUUCUGCCCGGCUGUGCCGCUCAACAUAUGCGCCCUGUGGUACGCACAUGUGUCGAAGUCUGUCCUCCAUACAGGAGAUAUUGACGGAGCAAGGAAAUAUGGGCGUCUGUCUAUGCUGCUCAGCUGUCUGGCAAUACUGCUGGGUGUGGCUGUCAUCAUCUUCAUAGUUUUUACAAUAGAGAUCCAGAAGUGAGCUGUGGGAUGGGAAGGAGUCACACUACAGUCUCCUUUAACUUCAUCUGAUCUCAAAUUUGCACAGAAGAGAGGGGAGGAGGAGGAUGAAGGGAGGGAUGUCAUUUUGAAGACAAAAAAAAAGCACAAAGUCUGAAUUGAAAGCAAGCCGAAGAGACUCUAACGUACAACUUGUUGCUUUAUCCACUAUGGACAAAAAGAAAGAAAAAGGACAGAAGUCGCAGGCCAUUUGUCUUUUUCUGGCAACACUCACGUCCAUCAACCCUGCAAACUCAGGAACAAAGGAAAGGGAGAGGAAGGCUGUGCACGGCUACUGUGUCAGAUCAUCAGACAGCACCUUCUGGGAGAAAGCAUAACUACUCAUUGUCCAAACUAGUGGUGCACUGAAGUACACAUCUCCCCUGCCUGACACACAGACAAUUGGAUGACUCUACAUUUUGAUUUAAAAAAUUCACAUGGCAUCAUUAGAUGAGAGGAUGUCCUAGAGACCAAAGAAGAUACCAAACACAAUCUCCAUCAAAACACACACAAUAAGAUUUGAACACAAUGUGAGGACCCAGCUAAAUCUACCAAAAACGAAAAGCAUCAGUGCACCUCUGGUCUGUAAUGCAGCCACUGCCUGCCCUGUUUCUCUUUAAAUUUGCAACUUAUUAGGGACUGACUCUUCUUUCUGUUCAGCACAGGAUUGAUGUGGCUGUGGGAAGGUGCAUAACCUGAUUUCAUACAUCAAGUUUAAACCUCCUGUACAUUUAUCCCAACAACACCCUAACCGCAGUCAUAGUGUGAUAUCUUGCUUGGCGUGCUACUAUGAUAAACUGAACCGAUUCCUGUUUGGACUCUGAACUGAACUGCCUGGAUCUCUACACCUCAUUAUGUUUACAAUAUACUGCAAGAUAUUGAAUGGGGUUGUUCUCCCUGUAUGCAC